CGUAUAUAAAAACGCGAAUUUUAUUUGCUAAUUAUCAAUUGCAAUCUUGCGUUUGUUCGGUGAACAUAUAUCGAGGUAAAAAAGUGAUUAUUAAAAUGAAAGCCUUCGUAGCUGCCGUUGUUCUUAUCAGUGUCGCCAUCUGCGUGCACGCCGAUCUAUCAGAUGAGCAGAAACAGAAAGUCCAAGCUUACGGCAAAGAAUGCAUUACUGAAUCUGGAGUGGACAAAGAAUUGGUGACCAAGGCUCGUCAGGGUACUUUCAGCGAUGACGCCAAAUUGAAAGCUUUUGCCUACUGCGUUUCCAAGAAAAUCGGCUUCCAAGAUGGCGCUGGAGCACCUCAACCCGAAGUAAUCAAACAAAAAUUGUCCGGUGCCAUCAACAACCCCGAAGCCGCUGACAAACUGAUCGCUAAGUGCGUACAAUCCAAGGCCACUCCUGAAGAUACCGCUUUGGAAACAUUCAAAUGUUAUUACGAAAACACCCCAACUCACAUCUCCGUUUUCUAAGUCUUUACCUGUUGAACAAGUAUUAUAAAACUGACAAAAAUUGAAAUAAAAAUUAGGUUCUAAGUUAAA